CACAAUGAGCCUGCUCUUUUCUUUUUUCUUCCUCUAAAUUGGUAGUGGCUUCUCCUUUUACCCUUUUGGUUCCAUUCCUGUCUGUCCAUUAUUCUCAUUUUAUCACAACUUUAAGCCUGUUGAGAUAACAAUGAGCCAGAUGCUUAGCUGCCUUAACCGCUAAACUCAUGUAAAUUUAUUGCAUGAGAUGAGAUGGAUACCGAUAUUAAGCAAGAAACCACAGCAACAAACGACUCCCAGAGAAAACUUCUUGGUGGUAGCAGCAAUGACAGGAUCAAACGAGACGAGUGGAGUGAAGGCGCGGUCUCGAGCCUCCUUGAGGCUUAUGAGACCAAAUGGGUGCAUCGGAACAGGGCAAAGCUCAAGGGGCAGGACUGGGAGGAGGUAGCCAAGUUUGUGUCGUGUCGUGGCAACUCAACUAAGUCGCCAAAGACACAGACUCAGUGUAAGAACAAGAUUGAGUCGAUGAAGAAGAGGUACAGGUCAGAGUCUACUGCUGCUGAGGCAUCGUCGUGGCCACUUUUUCCCAAGCUGGAUCAUUUGUUGCGUGGGAGCAUUACAACUCAGCGAGCUCCAGUGCUGCCACAGCCGACACUUUUCAGUUCAGGUGUGAUGGUGACAGAACCAACCCUGCUGCUGGCAUCUCAGCUUCCUCCAGCAUCGCCUAAAGAGCCACUUUCACUGCUUACACCACCACCUCUGGCUUCUCCAAUCAAUACUGGAAUUGCUGCAGCAAAUUCACAUGGUUCAGAUGGUGCUGAUCAGGUAGCUAAGGCAGAUGGAAUGGAUACGAAAGUAUCAGACCACUUAUCAGACAAACAGGCAAUAGACACCGACAGUAGCACACCAGCCUUGUGCAGCAACAAGGAGAAGACAAAGUCUGAAAAUUUCACAAACAAAACACAGAGAAAGAAGAGACGGAGAAGAGGAGAAUGGGAGAUAGGGAGUAGUGUUAGGUGGUUAGCAGAGGUAGUGCUGAGGACAGAGCAGGCAAGAGUAGAUGCAAUGAGAGACUUGGAAAGGAUGAGAGCAGAAAGCGAGGCCAAGAGAGGAGAAAUGGAGCUUAAACGCACCGAGAUUAUUGCUAAUACUCAGCUGGAGAUUGCUAAGAUCUUUGCAAAUAUGGGCAAAGGGGUUGACUCUUCACUGAGAAUUGGAAGAGAUGGAUGAUAUUGAGGGAAACUAAUUACUUCAUUGUCAUGUUUAAAUAAUAUAUACAUAUUCAAGCUAUUAUGCUGGAGUUAUAGCAGACUAACAAUAAUAUUGAUGUUACACUAUAAUAUAUUAUAUUUACAAAUAUGAAUCAUGAUAUAUUGCCCAA